AUGUCGGCUCUUCCAAUUCUACAUUUCCCAACUAAUACCCUCACCAAAAUUAUCGAUUUUUUGAGUGUCGAGGAGCAGCUAAACCUUUCCAAAACCUCAAAAUCUGCUUUGAAAACCGUGCAAACCACCACCGCCCUCUAUUCCUAUACCCUAGGAAUCUAUUACAAUGACAAAUUUGAGAUUCGAUUGUCUCAGCUAUCAAAAAAUGGAAUUGAGGUUGGAAGUCAGAUGAUGCUUGCUGGGAGCUCAUAUAGUUCGAAAAUUGAGAAUUUCAUCACGCGACUGGCUACAGUAUACCACAAGCCUACAGUAUGCCUGACUUUCUCAAAAGGUCUGAGCUCCACUAAGCUGGUCACUAGUACUAUAACUCUUAUUAAGAGUUUGAAGCUAGAAAUUGUUAGCCUUAGGACCCACGCCAGCUGGGCGACGUCUCGUCACCUAAACAAGCUAACCACUACCAAGACUAUAUUCUUCACACACUGCAAACUAGACUUUCUAGACCUUGUGAGAUUCUUGAAGCGUUGGAUGGAAGGGUCACAGCAGGAGUAUGUGAGGUUGGAUGGGUGUCAAGUCAGGCUGAAGACGAUUUUCGGGAACUUGUAUGGUACGAGAGUGAGAAGAGUUAUGCUGGAUGGGAGACCACGAUGGUUUCCAAAGGGAGAAUGCUUCUUGGUUCGACAAAAGAAUGGACGGGAAGCCCUUGUCUAUCAGGACGAGACCACUAAUGAGGAUUUCGUGUUAAGGACAGACUUCCAUAUCAUUCCGGAUAGUCGGGAGGAUUCGGAUUCGGAUUCAGAUGAUUCAGAUGAGGAGGACACGGAAUCAGAGAACGCUGGAGAUUGCUAUAGUUCUGAUGAGUAUGGUAAUCCCUCACAAUCUGUUGGCCAGUCUCUCUUCUAUCUAUUCAUUCAGUAUUACCCAAUGACUACUCCAUUCCCUUUAUUCUCUCUUCCCUAUGUACCCCUUAAAGAAGUUCUAGACAAUUUUGGACCACAUGGAAUAAUAAUUCUCUCUUUGUGCUCCCAAAGAUCGAAACGCAUUGCGAUUUCCUAUAAGGGACCUUCUAAAGAUACCCAACUCCAACUUAUGUAUUGUAACUCUGCUAUUCUGGCUAACAAAUAUACUGAGAUUUGGGAAGCGGGAGAUAUUCAGGCGAUUAGGGGCUCCCCAUUGCCAACAUUAUCGAGCGGACAAUUUCGAGGCGUUCAAUAUAAAAUGGAUGAAGAAUCCCUGGUCACGUACUGGGCGGAUCGUUUGACUGGAUUAAUUGAAAUUGGAAACUACGCACGUGAAAUAUUCAAUCGAGAUAUCUAUCAAAUCAGGAUUGGAGGUAAAGAGGCGGGUGACUGUAGGCGGUUGAGUGAGUGGACUGUAGAUACUCAAAAGUCGAUAGAAUACUUAGAAUACUAUGAUCAUGGAAAAACUCUCGAUGAAGAUCUCAACUAUAUGCUUGGAAACUUGAAAUGCACUGGGUAUCUUUCACUUUCUGCGAAACCAUCUCAAAACUAUCGUCCUGCUAACCCACCGGUUUUCCACCUUGACGAUAUUUGCAUUCAAUAUAGUUUCUGGAUUAAGCAGGAAGAUUUAUUGGCAAUGAACUGCAAGUCAGUUAUAAUGGGAAGCGCGACAUUGACGAGCCAAGACUUCAAUGUAUUCUUGAAGCACUGGAUGACAGGAGCGUGUUCUAAAUUGAAAGAUUUUUGUGUUGUUGUUGAUAAUUCAAUUGAUUAUCGAAUUUUAUUGGAUGGUGUGAAGUUCAUUAAACGAGGAGAUGAUGUAGAAAGGAUUUAUCAUAUCGAUAAAAAAAAUACUAAGAAAAAAAUUUGUGGUGGUUUCGAUAUCAAACGACCAAAUGAUAAUAUCACAGCAACUAUACGGAACGGCGUUGAAGAUCGAAAACGUUUCUGGAUGUUUGUUUGGCCGGAUUUUGGCGGGAAUUCAUACGAAUAA